UAUUUUCAACAUACAUCUUGCACUGCUCGCCGAGAGACCGUCUGAAAUAAGAACAGCGAUAAGUUGUCUUUUAUGUUGAAGUUGUGGAAUCGCGUUUUUCGAACAUAUUAAUGACACCUAAACUACAGUCAUAAUUUGGAAACUAGUUGCUGACUUCAUCGAAUCUUGCAUCAUGGAGCAGCAUGGUCUUUUGGACUUGGCCAAAAAUCAGCAGAAUUUGGACUACUGUGACUUUGACAUGACGAGGUUUGACGUGAAAAAGGAGUCAGCAGUGUUGGGACCCGAGCGUCAAUUCAUUCAACAGUGCAGUCUACACGUACCAGGCUCCGUGUCCAGCACACCCAUGAGCACCCCGUGUAGCUCCGUGCCUUCAUCACCCAGCUUCAGCCCGAGUGGACAGAGAAACGGUGCUGAAAAUCUCUACAGCUGGACCCUGAGCACGGGGGCUUAUCCACAGCACGCAGAUCCUCACUGUCUCGAUCUCACACCUGAGGAUAUCCGGGAAGCCCUAAGCGCAAAUCUCAUGCACGGGCACCCGACGCCGCAACAGAUGCAUCCAGAGCAGAUCCAUCAGGCUGAUAUGGAGGAAUACAGAAGCAUGGGUCAGUUCCACGCGCCAAACGUGCAUCCGUAUAAUCACGAUCAGUACACCGAUCUCGAUGCACUCCAGAUGCGCGACUUUGCGCACGGUAAAAGCGUCGACCAGUUCAUGCAACACCUCGAAUGUUCACCACAAAGUGCCACGCACCUGCUGAAGUCCCACAACAUCCACCAACAGCAGCAUCACAGACGGAGCGAGCGCGGCGUCAGCGCGGAGAGCCGCUUCUCAGACCAGCAGCUGGUGUCCAUGUCCGUGCGCGAACUGAACCGACACAUCCGCGGCAUGAGCAAGGACGAUAUUAUCCGCCUGAAGCAGAAACGCCGUACCCUAAAAAACCGGGGGUACGCGCAGUCGUGCAGACACAAACGUGUUCAGCAGAAACACACACUGGAGCACGAGAAGACGAGCCUCGCGACUCAAGUGGAGCAGCUGAAGCACGAGCUCAAUCGGUUAGUGCGCGAGAGGGACGCGUAUAAACUCAAAUGCGAGAGACUAGUUGUCGGAAUGAAGUGCAAGAACAAUGGAUCCUCCAGUGAAAAUCCAUCAUCGCCUGAAUUCUUGCGAUAAUUGAACUCAUUGUUAAGGCAAUCUUUGGACAUGUGGCCUACUUAGGAUUUCUUAAGUUUAUGUUGAGGAAAAGUAGAAAAGGUGUUUUAGUUCUGUCAUUCAGUAGAUAUUUUAUAUUUUUCACUCUAUCUCUGACAUGUCAAGCUGGUUUUGAUAUUGUAUCGUUUAUCUGCUUGUUUUCACAAAAGCCUGCAUCAGUCAUCUCGGCUAUGCAAAUGACAUUCGACCCUUUUGGCAGUAGAUGCAUUGCAAUGGUGUGUUUUUUCUUCUUCUUUAUGUUAGGUCUUGUGGCAUUAUAUAUUUUGCAUUUGUUGAAAUAAUCGUAAUUUUGUUCCCUAAAGACGUAAACAAUUGUGAUUCACAUUUCAUAUUUUCCUCCAGAAUAAAUUUUUACAGA